AUGAUUAAAAAAAGUAAACCCACCUUCAAAUUAUUGGCAGCGGCUGCAGCGGCGGCGGUGGACGAAGCCGUCGACGAGGCAGAUGUGCCGGAUGAAGCGGGAGCUGUUGUGCCGGCGCCCGCCCAGUACGAAUCAUCGCCUGUCCAUCCGGGAUACAUGCUCAUUUACGGGUGUUCGGAGUGGACGUUGGGUGGAGAAGGAGGGGGAUGUUGGGAGAAGGUGCGUGAUGGAAGAGAGAUCUGGAAUGGAAAAAGGAGAUUGAAAUGGUAA